UCUCGAUUCAACGCCAUUUAUUUCCUAUCUUUUCCCCAAACUAUAUCUUUCCGUCGCAUCACAACAAUCUUCAUUUCCGGCGAGAAUAUUUGUGGUCGUGCAAUCCAUUCUUUAUUUCUUUCUCCCAGUUGACGCUGCCAUUUUUGUGUGCUUCUUCCUCUCUUUCGAUCAUUUCUUCUCUGCAAUUAUUCCUAAAAGAGGCCCAGGGCACUGGGUUCCAGGCACCCACAAACCCGGGCAAGCCGCCAUCAAAACCCCACCACCCCCUUGCAACCUUGCACGGACAGAAGGGAAGAAGCUAGCCAGCCCGCCCUUGCGCCCAGACCCCAGCACACACCGGGAAACAGGGACCAACCUUCCGGACACCCCAUCAUCGUCACCGCCUUUGUCGUGGUGUAAUAAGACCAAAAAAAAAUUCCCUCCCGCCCCCCGGCCACCAAAAGUCACUCAUUGCCUCCCGACUGCACCCCACAAGAAACCCAAGAACGUCCAGAACAAAUCUGGUGGAGCGCCUGGAGCAAACGAGACAGACCCCAGACCGGCGGUACCACACGCACCCGCACCGCACGGGUUUGGUUUUUUUUCUCCUCUCCUAUACUAUACCAACAGUUCCCUCCCCAUUUUCAUCCGUCGAUUCCUUGACUCGACAAAUCACGGCUUCCUACACAAUAGGUAUUUUUUUGUGCAUAAGGCCAGACACCAGAGGGAUACUGCUUCUCUCAUACAUACCACCAGUGUGCCACCGACUCAACUCGACUCACUCACACACACGCACUCUAUGAGGGGAAAUAACACUGCUGCUGCACCCAAUCAGUCGCUCAUGAGCAGCCAGCCAAGCUGCCGCACCUACCGCGCAUGACGUUGCGACAUUGCACGCAGCAAUCCACCCUUUUACCCUCGCUCGCUCCCUUGGCUCGACCUUGCUCAUCAUGGCUGUCGUUCUGCAAUCUGACGACAACAGUUAUUUCCAGACUGGAGGUCUGAGGAGGUCACAUUCACAACCCAAAUUCGGUUCACAACAUUCCUCAACUCCCUUCCGCCAGUCCACAUCGGCCUCACACAUAGCCGACUCAUACAGCCAUCACAUGAAGCACUCAGCAUCACCCACGUCAGUGGCCAUCUUCUCAGAUUCAGAAGACGACACGGAAUUCUCGCUACCCAACUAUGCAAGCAGCAACAGCGUCGUCACCGGCUACACUUCUAGCGAACUGGACGAUAUGGAGGCACCAUCAAGUCCAAGAACUGGCGACACGUCCAGCAUAAACGACGACGAUACAACCCCGACCGAGGACUCUUCACAUCCCAUCACCCCCUCCGAGCACGCAGAUGAUGAUCUUACCAUGAGCCAUCGUCCUAAGCAGCACGUUGACUAUCUCUCGCACAACUGGCGAGAGGAGGACAUUUGGGAAUCUUGGAAGUAUGUAGUCGCCAGGCGGCAGGAAUACGGAAACUCGGCACGCCUGGAGAACGCUUCGUGGAGGACGUGGAUGAAGGCAAAAAACAACUUGCCUACCGUAUCCCCGGAAUCUGUUAAUUGGCUCAAGGACUGUGACGUGACAUGGUUGUACGGCCCUCUACAGAUGGCCUCGAGUAGGUCCGACCCAGUCGAGAUCUCACGCCGUCAAAGCGAGAGGCCCAAAUCGACCACCACGGACAAGAAGCCUAUUCUCAAAAAACGAAGCAUGUCGGAGGUUAUGCUGCAGAGGUCGAUAUCGACGUCCUCUCUGGUCAGACAGGCAGCGGCUGCCGUGCAGGCACAACAAAAGGAAGGCGUGCUGAGGCCAUCAGCCAGACCGAGGCUGGAAAGAGCAGCGACAGAUUAUAUUACCUUGCCACUUUCUUCUAGGAAUCUUAGCCCAGGAACUGCUGGGUCCAGCCACGCUGCUAGCAGUGCCUCAUCCCGACUCGAAUCACCGUCUGGUGAGAGGAAACACAUACAUUUUAAAGAAGAGGUUGAGCAGUACAUCGCGCUCGACGUCAGGGGAGAUGAUGACGAUAACCUGGGUACUGUGGAUGACAGUGACUCAGAGAACGAAGCGCUCAUGAUGAGGCGUACCAAAAUCAAGAAGAAGAGGCCGGUCCUCCGUAGAACCGGGAGCUCGGGCCAGGCGGAGAAGACCAUUGCACCGUUGCCUUCAACGACGCUCAAGUAUACGGGCUGCGAGGGCGAGGACGAUGCAUCAUCGGCCAUGAGACAUAGUUAUCGGAGUCCGACAUUGACACCCUCUUCGUCGCAGGAGACUUUGAGACCAACCAAAAGGGGAGGUGAUGAGUAUGAGGAGGACGAUGCGACCUCCUGCUCUAAAAACAAGUGCAAGGGAAAGAAAUCGGCCGGGUUUUCAUUUGCAUCCGACAGUGAGGAGGACGACAGUGACGAUGGGAUGCCUACCAUGGGCAAAGGCAAAGGCAAACCGGCCUCCUCUGGCUCGGGAUUGAAGCGUACAUCAUCGUCCGGCGGUCUCGCGAAACGAACAUCUUCAUCAACCAACCUCGCUGGCGCUGCAUCCUCCAUGAGCGAAUCGACAAGCAGCACUGGAGGAAUGCGACGGACAGAAUCCGGUAUGUUAAUGCCCUAUGAGGAAGGGGACGACUCAUGGGCGGCCCGGGAUGGUGGACUUGUCGGACGGGUCAUUGAUACGUACAACACAGCACGAGAUAUUGCGCAUGUCAUUUGGAACGUUGGUUGGACAAAGUAGCCUUUUUUGUCUAUUACUGAGAGCGAAGCGGGCGGUGCGCAUUGCAGGGAGAUUGUAUUGGUUACAGGGCUUGAUUCUAAUAUCGGCCCGGCCAACUGUCGGGGACUUGCUUACGAGGACGAGCUACAACCGGCAUCUAUUCGUGGCUGGCACAUCACCUAUUCCAACGCUGCGGCGUAUGAAGAAGCUAAGAUACUGUGGAUGGGAACCAUGUCACAAAAGGAGCUGUACGGGGUGACAGUGUGAACGAGGUUGAAGUGGGGAUUAAACAACUAUCCGCGAACGAACAUUUCACAGGAUAUCUGUCUUGUGACACUGUUCGACUGGCCUAACGUCGGGAUCCCCGCUCAGAUCUUAUCUCUGGAAGGACAGUGCAUUCACAAGUGCUCUCUUAUCAACGACAAAAAUCCAUGUGCGUUGGCUUGUGGCAGGUCACACCAAGCCAUGGUAUUUGACAAGCUCGCGAACAAACUUGAUCAAUAUUUGAGCGCUUGCUUGUUAUUGCUCGCAUGAGCUAUCACGACAUGAUUCAUAAUCGACCGACGAGGUCAUCCAGCAACCGAGCGACCUUCGGCUGUAUGUUUUUGUUUUACUAUAAUCGUGGGACGGAUUCCUUCAUUCAAGCCUAGGGGCAUGGCUGCGGUGUUCCGGAUCUUGUUUCUUUCCAGAAGUUAUCAACAUGAUCAACUGUUUUGUCUUUUUUCAACCAUUUUAUGGGCAACUAAUGUUUUAGCCCUCACAUUGUCUGUCAUUUCCAAGACUUGUUGCGGAGGGCUUUCCACAUUUCAGGCGUUUCUUGUUCGGUUCUCAAGGGACGUGCAAUACCCAUUCCUAUGCACGGGCACAAUCAACGACCAAAGGUACCGGGGCGUCAGAUGCAUACAAAAAAAGUUUCUGUUCUGUUUUCUUGUUUUGGGACCAGGGGUCAAAAGUCACGGGGUAUAUCUAUUUUACUGGAACUUCUUAUGGUGCCGUCGGUUUGCCCUUUUUGGGCAAUAUGCGGGCGUUUUGAGGAUUUAUAGAGAAUAAGCGUUGAGUAAUAUGGGACUUGUUACGGAGAAGCGGGCGAGCAAUUGAAAGACUGAGGAAGAUGAAUAGUCAGAUAACGGGAAAGUCUGUAUCUAGCAAAGAUGAACACGAAGCCUGUGAAGUAGUCUAGUUAGGAUUUCCAGAUGUGAUAAAAACAAGUGCAGAUACGCAAGACAACGAGGCAUCACAUCAAAUAUCAUGGACAAGAAGGAUUUUGUUGUUG